AUGGAGGAAUCGAACGAUGGAUUGUCCGAAGAAUCGGAUGAAGCGACCAAUUCGGAUUCGUUGCCUGAUUUCUUGCAUUAUGACGAAGAAGAGUACGUGGUCAGUAACGAAAGUUUGCGCGAAAUGAUUUUGCCACGACGAAUCAAUGUGCUUGAUAAUCCUGUAGUGCAUAUGGAAAUCGAGCUAGCACGCGUACAGCAGGGUAUGUUGUCGCCAGUAAUAUUGCUGAACAACGUCAACAACGUGCCGGAAGUGCAAGCCACGAUCGAGGUCCGAACGGAUGGCAGUAAUGAUGAUGAAGACACUGAAUCGAUCCCGCUAGGGUCGCAUCCAAGCGACGAGUCGGAUCGACAAAUAACGAACAGCGUGCCGGAAGCACAAGCCACGAUCGAGAUCAGAACGGAAGGAAGCAAUGUGGGAGAAGACACCGAACCGAUUCUUUUAGCUUCCGCUCCGAGUGGCGGUACGAAUCAAAGAACAGCAAACAGUGUUUCGGAAGCUCCGCUCGCAAAUAACCCCAACGACAAUGAUGACGAAGAAAUUAUAGCGAUUGGACUGGGAUCAGUUUCGCGCCCGGGAUCCGAUCGUCAAUCGUCUGAUCUUAGCAUGGACCAACCGAUGGUUCUUUCGGACAGUUCACCAAACCGGUCCGAAGACAUGGUUACAACACGACGAAAAAAGCGUAGAAGAACUGCCUCGCCUAUAAAGGUCCCUAGUGCCUCCAUCCACAAGAAGGAAGACGACGAUGAAGGACUGCUUUGUUCGAUCUGUCUGGACGAAUGGACGUUGACGGGGGACCACCGGGUGGUAUCGCUAAAGUGUGGUCAUCUGUUCGGUAUGGCCUGUAUCAAGCGCUGGAUGCAGGAUAAACCGGCCGCUAGUCGUAGCUGUGCAACGUGUAAGGCUCGGGCCACCAUGCGGGACAUUCGGUUUAUCUAUGCGCGCUGUGUAAAGGCGGUGGACAAUACGCGUGAGGAAGAACUGAUGCAGGAGUUGAGCCGCGAGAAGUUGAAGGUGAUCGACCUGAACGUGAAGCUGCACAUUGCGAACGAGGAAAUUGCACACCAACGCAACGUGAUUGCGUCAAUGAAGCAAAAGUUUGAUGCGGUCAGUCGGGGGAUGGAUCUGUUUGGAGAUAAAAAACUCGAAUCAUCGACGGAUCGCCGAAUCAGCUACAAACUGUUCCUGGAGAAGAAUAUGGAGAUAGCGCGUGAAGGUGGCAGUCGGGCGUUAGCGUACUCGGCCAAGCACCAGAUGCUGCUCAUUUCGCAAAAGUCUACCCAGCCGCUCUUUCCUGGGUUCUGCAUCCGAAUGGUGCAGGUGCCUGAGUUUACGACCAGCACUGGAGCGACCUCGAUGCUGGUAUCGUCCCGAUCCGUGCGUGACAUUGCCGUCGAUGCGUCGGACGAUCUGUUCGCGUGCGCCACGAUGGAGAAGAUGGUGAAAGUUUGUUCGAUCCCAAAUCGCUCGGUUCAGUGUACGAUUACACCGAACCAGGAGGAGGUACUGUGGUCCUGUGCGUUCGACAAGGAGCGACCCAAGUUCCUUUACCUCGGAGGCCAACGUGGUUCCGUGUACGUGUACGACAUUCAACAUCCAGAGCAACUGUUGAAGGAGUUCCGCGUGGGACACGUGCAGCACGACUACACGGCUGUUAUAAAGAUUUGUUCCGUGGAGCCCACGUCAACGAUCCCAUGCGGUGGGUUUCUGGUGUGCAAGCUGAAAUCCGUAUGGUUCUUCGAGUACACACCGACCCAGCAGAUCGAAAGCCAUCUGCUCAACAUUACCGGUGCUUUCAACACCAUGAGCUACAAUCCGGCCAGUGGGCUCAUUCUGUUCAGUGUGCGACCAACCGUAGAUAAACCGACCACAUUAGUGCUGGCGUCGCUCGAGAAGCUGAACGGUGUAUUCGCGCUCAGAGUGCAACACACAUUCGAAGGAUCUCGCUCACAAACCGUCAUGUACCGGAGUGCACAGGCGUACCUGAACAGUGCGAACACGCUGGUUGCGGCGUACCAGGAAGAUGCCAAGGUGCUUUCAAUCUGGUGCACCAACAGUGGACGCCGAUGGCUGCAACAGUUUCCAACGGGCGAGCCCAUACUCGACAUUUGCCCGAUAGUGAUUCCGCCACCGGGACAAACGUAUCUGGCCGCACUCAGCGAGAGCCGGUGCCGUAUUUACCGUCUUAAUGUAGAGUGA